CUCGAGAAAGUGAGCUGUUACACAAGCAGGUUUCUCUUCUUCAGAUACAAUAGAAUAACAAUAAACUCUAAUAACUACAUUGUGUCGAGACACUAGUGGUCAAGUUUUCUGACUGAGUAAAUAAGGACUUCUAUGAGACUGUUUGAACAUCUGCAGCAACAACAACAGACGAAUCACGAGCAUGUUUGCGACACGAAGCUUCAGUCUUCUGUGCAGGAGAUCAGCUGUUUUAGCAUGGAGAAGAAACACAAGUCAGAGUGCUGCGAAGAGGCUGGAUAUAAGUGGGAUUUAUCCUCCCAUUGCCACUCCAUUCACUCCGAGUGAAGACGUGGAUUACCAACGACUGGAUGACAAUCUCAAGAAGUACAGCAGCUUACCUUUCAGAGGUCUGGUAGUGCAGGGCUCUAAUGGGGAGUAUCCAUACCUGACACCGGAGGAGAGGGUCGAGGUGGUGAAGAGAGUCAAGCAGACGCUGCCUGAAGACAAGUUACUCAUGGCUGGAUCUGGCUGUGAAUCUACCAGAGCCACGAUCCAGAUGAGCCAGCGAAUGGCAGACGCCGGUGCUGACUGUUUGUUAGUGGUAACACCGUGCUUUUACCGCGGUCGAAUGGAUAGCCGAGCUCUUAUAAACCACUACACUAAGGUGGCAGAUUCCAGUUCGGUGCCAGUUGUGUUGUACAGUGUGCCAGCAAACACGGGUCUCGACCUGCCUGUGGAUGCAAUAAUUCAACUUUCCCAGCAUCCAAAUAUCGUCGGCCUCAAAGACAGCGGUGGAGAUAUCAGCAGAAUAGCUCUGGUUGUGCAGAAGACCAGAUCGCAGGGUUUCCAGGUUCUUGCAGGAUCUGCCGGUUUCCUCAUGGCUGCAUACGCUGUCGGGGCCGUGGGAGGUGUGUGCGCCCUCGCAAAUGUCCUGGGUCAGCAAGUGUGUGAUCUAGCGCAGCUGUGUGUUUCAGGACGCUGGGACGAGGCCAGAGAGCUCCAGUAUCGCCUCAUCGAACCCAACACAGCAGUAACUCGUCAGUAUGGCGUUCCCGCUUUGAAACAAGCGAUGGAGUGGUUUGGAUAUCAUGGCGGUGUGUGCCGGUCCCCGCUGCAGCCUUUCUCAAAGGCAGAUUUAGAGCAGCUUCAAGUCAAAUUCUCCUCCAAUGGCUGGCUGUAGAAACAGGAAGGCCAGCGGAAUCUAAGUGUUACAGUACUGUGUUCUAAAACAGAAUGUUGAAUCAUUCUUUCUGUGUUGUCUUUAAUUCAAGCAGCAAUAUUUGAAUAAAAGGAAACGAUACGUGU